CAGAGCGCAGGCGCGCGGCUCCCGGCUGCACGCGAGACGCCAGCUGCGGGAAGCGGAGGACGACUGAGGUGCCGACCUGAGGUGAUGGAGCCGCCGAAGGUGGAAAAGUUCAGCUCCGCCAACAGGGGAAAUGGGCUGCGCGCCUUGGUGCAGCUGCGCCCCGGAGAGCUGCUCUUCCGCUCGGAUCCCUUGGCGUACACGGUGUGCAAGGGGAGUCGUGGCGUCGUCUGCGACCGCUGCCUCCUCGGGAAGGAAAAACUGAUGCGAUGCUCUCAAUGCCGAGUUGCCAAAUACUGCAGUGCCAAGUGCCAGAUGGAAGAAACACCCUCUGAAUCGGAGAAACUUUAUUCAUUUUAUGAUCUGGAGUCAAAUAUUAACAAACUGACCGAAGAUAAGAAAGAGGGCCUCAGGCAACUUGUAAUGACAUUUCAACAUUUCAUGAGAGAAGAAAUACAGGAUGCUUCUCAGCUGCCACCUUCCUUUGACAUUUUUGAAGCUUUUGCAAAAGUGAUCUGCAACUCCUUCACCGUCUGUAAUGCGGAGAUGCAGGAAGUUGGCGUUGGCCUAUAUCCGAGUAUGUCUUUGCUCAAUCACAGCUGUGACCCCAACUGCUCCAUCGUGUUCAACGGGCCCCACCUCUUGCUGCGAGCGGUCCGCGACAUCGAGGCGGGAGAGGAGCUCACCAUCUGCUACCUGGACAUGCUGAUGACCAGCGAGGAGCGCCGGAAGCAGCUGAGGGACCAGUACUGUUUUGAAUGUGACUGUAUUCGAUGCCAAACCCAAGACAAGGAUGCUGAUAUGCUUACUGGUGAUGAGCAAGUAUGGAAGGAAGUUCAAGAGUCGCUGAAAAAAAUUGAGGAACUGAAGGCACAUUGGAAGUGGGAGCAGGUUCUGGCCAUGUGCCAGGCGAUCAUCAGCAGCAACUCGGAACGGCUUCCCGAUAUCAACAUCUACCAGCUGAAGGUGCUCGACUGCGCCAUGGACGCCUGCAUCAACCUGGGUCUGCUGGAGGAGGCCUUGUUCUACGGAAUUCGGACUAUGGAGCCGUACAGGAUCUUCUUCCCAGGAAGCCACCCGGUCAGAGGUGUGCAGGUCAUGAAGGUCGGCAAGCUGCAGCUGCACCAGGGCAUGUUCCCGCAGGCCAUGAAGAACCUGAGGCUGGCUUUUGAUAUUAUGAGAGUGACACACGGCAGAGAGCACAGCCUGAUUGAAGACUUGAUUCUCCUCUUAGAAGAAUGUGACGCCCACAUAAGAGCAUCCUAAUGGGCGCGGGCAAAGAUGGCUUAUAUCCAUAUUGAAUGCCUGGUGGAGGUCACAUGUGCCGCACUGUUUGUGGGCCUCCCCUCUGGGAAUGCUAGGCUGUGUUUAUGUAGGUAAAUAAGCAGCAUACCAUGUGCAAACCACAAGAAUCAUUAGUUGUAGAGAAGCACAAUAAUAAAUACAAAAAAUUGGUUGAAAAUGUCAUCUGCUAAUUGUUUUGUUUACUCGUUGGUGACUUUAAUGUUCCACAUCUCAACAUGAAGGCUAGAAAGUUCUAGUAAAAGCAUAGCAGAGUACGUUGAAUCUUCUCCUUGAAUAUCUGGGGGGAUAAUUGGAUAAAAAUCAGUGUUUUUACAAGCAAAGACUUAAUGUCCAUUUUGUCAAAAAAGCAGAAUGUUUUCUUUACUGUUUGUAGUAAAUGAUAAUAUGUAUCCAUUAUUUACACCCCAAUACAUCUCUAACACAGAAAGUUUUAUCCUAGGUCCUAGAAAGAAGUCAUUUUAGGUGCUAUUAGAAAAGCAUAGGAAGUCUUAAUGGGAAAAGUUUUUUCAAAUGUCUUGGGUUCUUUGUAUAAUUCUUCUGUGCAUUCUGUAACUCUUUGUAUAUGUCAUGUUUUUUUAACUUGGAAUUUUUUUUCUGUAAUUCCCUCCAUCUGUGGCUUGACCAUGUGACGUGCAUGCCACGAAGCUCCCUCACCCUGCACCCCAGCUCACAUCAGGUUUGUUUUUGCUUCCGCCUAUUUCCCAAUCCCAUGGCUGCUUUUCCACCUUUCUGCAUUAGACAAAUUCAGAAAAAAGGUGGUUUGUUUUAUGGCUCCGUGAUCCUGUGAGCAGUUCAGUCCCUCCUGGUUGGAUGGGGCGCGGGCAGGAGUUGCAGCCCUUGGUUCCGGCGGCUGCGGGCGUUCUUAGGGAGGCCCCAGCCAGCCACACCUUAUUUUACAAGCCAGGAAAGGAGCUACUUACUGGGAUUUGUGGCAUGGCCCCUCACACAGGGAGAGACAAGGCUUCCAGCCACAUGGCCACGGCAGGCACAGGCAGUGCCAGAGUGACACAGGGACGUCUGAUCAGGCUGGAAGGAACCAAUCUCACUCUGCGGCAGAAAAAGCUGGCCACUGGAGCCGGAAUCCACUUGCCCAAUGCCUGGCAGUUACUCUGACCAUGGAAAUGUGCUCACUGUCGGGCUUGCUGGUGCACUCUGCACCUUUCUGUCAGCUGGCCUCUGCCCCAGCCGCGGGCAAGUAUUAAGCCUUAUCUCUGGGGCACACAGGAUCUCCAAUAACCACAGUAGCAUAAUACAGUAGGUAUUCUGAAGCCCAUUUUAUAAGAAAACAGAGGCCCAGCAUCAGUGCUCUGGAAUCCCUCCUAAUUUACUAAGUCACCUUGAGAAAGUGGCUUCCUCUCAGUCUUUAUGAACAACCAACUCUACCCAAUUCAGCAAAUAUAUAUUGGAUAGUUACUGUGUGUUUAGGAAAAGGCAAUACAGAGACUGAAUAAGUUAUGCCCCUUGUUCUCAAAAUGCACACUCUCUGGUGUAGUAUUUGUGUCUGUUAGCUUUUACUGUGUGACACGCUUAGUGGCUCAAGAUAACACUUAUUCACGAUUCUGUACGUUAGCAGUUGAGCUAGACAGUUCUGGUCUGGCCCAGGCGUGGCUGAUCUUGGCUGCCUACACCACCGUCUGCAGUCGCAGGUGGGUCGGCUGGGGAAACGGGGGUGACUGAGGCUUGUAGCUCCCGGGGUUAGCCCAGCCUUGUUCGCGGGGCAGCAGGGUUCCAGGAAAGGUAAGCAGGCAAGCCCCAGUGUGCAAGCACUUCUCGUAACUGCUUGUGUUGCAUUUGCCAAUAUCCCACGGGCCAAAGCCAUUCACAAGGCCGGUCCAGAGUCUGGGGUGGGGAGAGCCUCUUCUCUCAGUCAUCCAAUUGCAAGGUGUGGAAAGAGAGGGAGGUAUUGUGGCCAUCUAUGCAAUCCAUGUUAUAGAACUUUGAGUGAAUUGGAUGAAAUUCAUAGACCUUUCCAGAAACCCAUGUACAUAUGAACAAUUUGCUUUUAGGAUCAGGGACUCUUGAGCUCCCUGUGGUCCAUCAGCAGACUCCCUGGAGUCCUUCGCCUAAUGAGAAGUAGAUUUGCUACCUUUCAAAAGCACUGAUGGGAAUUACGUUGGCUCGUCAUUUUAAAUUCAUUAGGGAAAGAAAAAAGCCGUAACAGAAGGUCGGGGUAGGAACUCACGUGCCAAAUGAGCAGAGUUCGCUGAUAGAACCCUGUGUUUGCCAAUUUUCUGAAAUUUAUCAGUGAUGAUCCUGGAUAAGGAGAUUUGCCCUCACGCCUCCUCGAGAAAGCAUGACAAGCUUUUAAAUCCCUCUCAGCUCACUUCCCGUUGUCUCUGCGAGAAGGGCCCUUAAGAGGGAGGGGCCCUGCUUGCAUCAACUUUAAUAGAAAGCAAACAUUUAAGCAAUGGUAAAUGUUUACCCAACAUCUUUACAGCAAAAUAACUUUGGAGAAGGGGGAAGGGGACGGAGAACAUAAUUUAAAAUCUGUGUCACCGGUGGCUGACGAUUUAUUGCCGCCCCAGCCUCCAGGACUGCUAUUCCAUUAAUCCAUAGAUUGUAGCGGCAGGCUUUUUUCACAUCAGUAACUUGACGCCAUUAGUUGUUCCUCUGGGAUAAGAACACAUUUAAACUGAAAAUGAACACACUGGGCAUAAUUUAUAGCCAUGCCAUAUGAAUGCCAAGAGUACAGGCAGGACGGCUGCCUGGAAGGCCUGCUCACCCUGGGAGCUCAAGGCAGCCUUCCUCUAGCCGGGCAGGAAUGCAGGCAGCAGAGAGGGCGGCCACAGUGUGGCGAGGCCAGACAGCCACAAACCACAGAGGUCCCUCCGUCAAGCUUCACAGCGGGAAUGAAAGAGACAGUCCUGUGUGGGGGCCCUCCCCUGAGCUCUGUCUCGAGAAUUCUGGCCCAAUCAGGAAACGAUGUGACACUCAGAGUAGCCCACAAGCGAAAUUCCUGAGUCAAGGGUAAACGCAUAUGCGAAAUACUGUGGCAUUUACCUUGAGCCGGUUGUAUGACAAUGCCUGCCUCCCCCCAGUCUUGACAACAGGGUGGGUUUUUCAGCUUUUGAAUUUGUGCUAAGCUCAUGGGUGAGAAAUGGUAUCUCAGUGUACUUUUAAUUUUCUUAUUGGCGAAGUUUGAUGUCUUCAAAUAUUUAAAAGGCUUUUGUCUAACUUUCUGUGAAUGCUAUUUGCCUGUCUUUUGUCCAAUUUUCUAUCAGGCUGUUGUGUUUUUUUUUUUUUCCUUUUCGUCUUUUUUCCCUCAUCUUUGGUCGUUCCUAUAUUAUUAGGAAGAUUUCCCCUUUAUCUGUAAUAUUUCAUCUCUCAGUUUGUCACUUGUUUUUUGACUUUUCUUUAAUAUUUUGCCCUGAGUUCCUUUGGAUAGCAUUUUCAAAAAGGCAUUUCAUAAGAAAUCUACUCUAGGGUAAGCUGGGGUCCUAUUGUAAAGUUAAGCAUCAUGAAUCCUCCUCAAAUGGUUCCUGAUUCUUAGCUGUUCCUGAGUUAAGUUGAUAUUUUAAAAAAUCAUUCUUCUCCAACAUUCUGGCAUCUUCCUGUCUUCAGCCAGCACCUUGCCUGGUCAAAGUUCUUCACCUGGUGGAAGUUCAGUUUAUCAUUCCUGAACUCUCUUGACACUUAAUGGUCUUGCCAUGUUGGGAUGCCUCAAUCUUCCAUUAAACUGAUAUACUUGUUAGAGAAUCCCCUGGCUCAGACUUGCUCCACCCCACUAUAUAGCAGCAAUUAGAGAUUGGGAUUCAGUCAAUUCAACCAGAAUAGUAAUCUGCUUCUUUGUCUUUUGAUUCAGAGGCAUGAUGAGUCCAAAUGGCCAUAAGGCAGUCUGUCCGUGAUUACGGAGCCAUUGUUGUAUUCCCUGGAGGAAUCAUUUCUCCUUUAGAAACCUAGACAUAUAAACUAGCAGAUCGAAAAGUCACAGGGCUAGGAAGCAAAAAUUCCACAAGUGCAUUAUUAACUGUAAUUGUGAGAGAAAAUGACUUACAACCCUUUUUAAAAAUAUGUGCCAACAUAGCAUAUUAAAAGUAAAUAUAGAUAGAGGGGCACCUGGGUGGCUCAGUCAGUUAAGUGCCCGACUUGGGUUCAGGUCAUGAUCUCACAGUUCAUGGGUUCGAGCUCUGCAUUGGGCUCUGUGCAGAUAGCUCAGAGCCUGGAGCCUGCUUCAGAUUCUGUGUCUCCCUCGCUCUCUGCCCCUUCCCUGCUCAUGCUCUCUCUCUCUCUCUCAAAAAUAAACAUUAAAAAUUAAAAAAAAAUAAGUAAAUAUAAAGACUGGAACUCUCCCAAUUGUGCUUCCCAUGAAUACUUUCAUAGGACCUACUGGAUGACUGACUUCUCUAAUUUUCUUUUUUAAGUAUAUUUAUAUUUUUUAUUGUAGUUGACAUGCAAUGUUACAUCAGAGGUAUAUAACCCAGUGAUUUAACAACUCUAUACAUCUGCUAUGCUCACCACAAGUAUAGAUACCAUCUGUCACCACAUGCUAUAACAAUACCAUUGACUCUAUUACUUAUCCCAUACCUUUCAUCUCUGUGACUUAUUAAUUACAUAACUGGAAGCCUGUACCUCCCACUCCACUUUACCAUUCUGCUCAUCUCCCUACCUACCCCCCUAAAAGCCACCCAUUUAUUAUCUGUAUUUAUGGGCAUUUCUGCUUUUUGUUUAUUUGUUUUGUUUUUUACAUUCCACAUAUUAAGUGAAAUCAUAUGGUGGUAUUUGGGUUUUUGGUAUAAAUUAUUUCACUUAGGAUAAUAUGAAAAGAUCUCAUUCUUUUUCAUGGCUAAGUCAUAUUCCAUGUGUAUGGGCAUGCACAUGCCAUUCCUCUUUACCCAUUCAUCUAUCACUGAAUACUUAGGUUGCUUCCAUAUCUUGAUUAUUGUGAAUGAUGCUGCAGUAAACAUAGGGGUGCAUGUAUCUUUUGAAUUACUAUAUUCAUUUUCUUUGGGUAAUUACCCAGGAGUAAAAUUGCUGGAUCAUAUGGUAUUUCUACUUUUAAGUUUUUUUGGGAAAUUCUAUACUGUUUUCCACAGUGGUUGGACCAAUUUACUAUCCCAUCAAUACUGUGUAAGGGUUCCCUCUUACCCACAUCCUUACCAAUGCUUGUUAUUUGUUUUGGUUUUUUGUUUUGUUUUGUUUUGAUAAUGGCCAUUCUGACUGGUUUGAGGUGACACCCCAGUGUGGCUUUGAUUUGCAUUUCCCUGAUGAUGAGACAUGUUGAGUGUCUUUUCAUGUAUCUUUUGGUUAUUUGUCUGUAUUCUUUGGAAAAAAUGGUAGUCCAGGUCCUCUGCCUAUUUUUGAUUGGAUUAUUUGUAGGUGUUCAGUUGUAGAAAUUCUUUAUAUAGUUUGGAUGUUAUCUCCUUACCAGAUAUAUCAUUUGCAAAUAUCUCCUAUUCAUUAGGUUCUUUUUGUUUUGUUAAUGGUUUCCUUUGCUGUAUGAAAGCUUUUUAUUUUGGUGUAGUGCCAGUAGAAACUUUAGUUUUGCUUUUCUCUCCUUUGCCUGCAGAGACCUGUAAAAAAGUAUUGCUAAGGCUGAUGUCACAGAGAUUAAUGUUUUAUUCUAAGAGUUUCAUGGUUUCAGAUCUCGCAUUUAGGUGUUUAAUACAUUUGGAGCUUAUCUUUAUGUGUGGUGUUAAAAGAUGAUCUAGUUUCAUUCUUAGUGUGUAGCUGUCCAGUUUUCCCAGAACCAUUUACUGAAGAGUGUCUUUUCCCCAUUGUAUAGUUUUUCCUCCUUUGCUGUAUAUUAAUUGCCCAUAUAAGCAUGAUUUCUGAGCUCUCUGUUCUAUUCUAUUGAUCUAUGUGUCUGUGUUUGUGCCAGUAUCAUACUGUUUUGAUUAUUAUAGAUUCUAUAUAUAUUUCAAAAUCUGGGAUUAUGACACCUCCAGCUUUGUUCCUCUUCCUCAAGAUUGCUUUGACUAUUUGGGGUCUUUUGUUGUUCCAUACAAAUUGUAGGAUUAUUUGUUCUAGUUCUAAGAAAAACACUAUUGGUGUUUUGCUAGGGAUUUCACUGAAUGUGUAGAUUGCUUUGGGUAAUAUGAAUAUUAUAGCAAUAUUAAUUCCAAUCCAUGAACAUUGUAUAUCUUUCCAUUUGUGUUGUCUUCGAUUGCUUUCAUCAGUGUUUUGUAGUUUUCAGAGUACAGAUCUUUCACCUCCUUGGUUAAGUUUAUCCUAGAUAUUCUUUUGGGUGCAAUUAUAAAUGGAAAUUUUUCUUAAUGUCUCUUUCUGCUAUGUCUUUAUUAGUAAUAUAGAAACACAACCAAUUUCUGUAUAUUAAUUUUGUAUCCCGUAACUUUACUGAAUUCAUUUAUUACUUCUAAUCUAAUAGUUUUCUGGUGGAGUCUUUAGGGUUUUCUAUGUAUAGCAUUGUCAUCUGCAAAUGAUGACAAUUUUACUUCUUUGUUACCA